AUGGUGGAGGUUAUAAUGCCCGAAGCAGAUGCACGCAGUGCUGGUGGGAGUGGUAACGCUGCCGACCGUCCUUCAGAGGUUGCCUCCACUGGUGUUGUUGGUUCUUCUUCCUCAACUGCUGCAGAUUCUGCAGCAUAUGCUGAGAAGGCUAUAGCAAAACUGCCGCCGCACCUUGCUGCCGAAGCCGUCGAUCCGAAGAGGAAGGCAAAAUCCAAAGACCCGGGAUGGAAAUUUGGGUGGUGGCCUGAUCCAACAAAGAAGGACUUUGUGAAGUGCAUAUUUUGCCAGAAAACUAUUCCUGCAGGAAUCAAAAGGUUUAAGCAGCACCUUUCUGGUGGGAGUGCUGAUUGCAUCAAAUGUGAACAUGUGCCCGAAUUAGUUUUGAGAGAGAUGGAUGCUUACUUGAAGAAGAAUGCACGGACUGUGGUUGUGUCAAUGCCAUCGGAUGAAGAAGGUGAUGAAGAAUCUGAUGGAGAAGGUGAACUUGAACCUGAACCACAAGUUGCAAAACCAAGUUGUGGGACAAAGGUGAAGCAAGCAAAGAAGAGAAUUGUUCAAUCGGGCAUAACAUCAUUUGUUGUUGCUGCACCAACAAAGCCACAAACUCAAAAGCACUCAAGGGGUGUGGACAGGACAGCAACAUUGAGGAAGAAGCAUGAGGAGGCUUGGAAGGAAUAUGGGUGCUCACUUAUGUCCGAUGGGUGGACUGACACAAGGCAACGUCAUUUGAUCAAUUUUCUUGCCAACAGUCCAGCAGACACCUUCUUUCUUGGUUCUGUUGACGCUUCAAGUCAAGUUGCAAAUGCAACAAUGUUGGCAGAUUUGUUGCAGAAGGAAAUUGAAAAGGUUGGGAAGGAACAUGUAGUGCAAAUAAUCACAGACAAUGGAACUAACUUCAAGGCAGCUGGGAGGAUUCUUAUGGAAAGGAUUCCACAUUUGUUUUGGACACCUUGUGCUGCCCACUGCUUGGAUCUGUUGCUGGAGGACAUUGGUAAGAUCAAUGAGUUCAAAACUUGCAUCAAUAAUGCAAGGAAGGUGUCCAGAUUCAUCUACAAGCAUGGGAGACUUAUUGACCAAAUGAGAGAGAAGAUAGGUGGAGAUCUUGUGAGGCCAGCUGUGACUCGCUUUGCUACCUCUUUUCUCACUUUGGCAAGUAUGCAUAGGAACAGGAAUGGUUUGAGAAAUUUAUUUGUUAGUGAUGAAUGGCAUAAUACUAAGUUCUCCAAUACUACAGAAGGAAAACAAGUGGAGCAUAUUGUUCUUUCAAUGCCAUUUUGGAAAAAUAUUGAAGAUUGCCUAAGAGCUUCACAACCACUUCUCGUUGCUCUAAGGAUAGCAGAUGGAGAUGAGACACCAGUGGCUCCUGAGAUCAUGGCUGCCAUGGAUGUGGCAAAAAAACACCAUAAAGGAAUCUUUGAAGCACAAUCCAAGAUUACUUGCUGA